UACGCCAUUCAAGCGCAUUGAACAACAGAAAACAUUGCAACAGCAAGUACGAACACGAAAGAACAAAUUAAGCAAAAGAAUGUCCGGCGGAAACGAUAUUUUUGGGAAUCUUGAUGAUUUCUUAGAAAAUUUCGAUGACAACUGUCUUGAAACGAGUAAACUAUCGGAUGUCGAAAACGAUUUUGAUCGUUCCGCCAGAGAAGGGGAAUCUUCUAGGGGCAAAGCAACCAUGGGAGAAGCAAAAGGAAAUGGUCAAAAGAAAAAGAAGGACAAGACUAAAAAAGUUCCCAAACAACGCGCAACUGUUAACAGAAUGUCUGCAUCUGUCCGUCCGAGUGCUGCAUCUGUUCCGCCCGUUACUGUGGCUGACUCUCGAAGUGCGGCGUCUGUUCCGGCGAGUGAUGCCCUAAUAUCAUCGGCUGUGCCUGCCACAUCGAAUGCCAUAUCUACACCUUUCGUUGCUCCAAGCAUACCAAUUACGACAGCUCCUCCCUCUGCUCCAGCUCCUAUAAAUGGAACCAAUGGAAUAAGUUUACUAGCUGAAAUGCAAGAAUUGGCGGGAAUGUAUGCUUAUUGCUAUUUAAAUCCCGAUCCUAUGGUGGCAAUGCAUUUAAAAAAUGACCGUCUUUACGCUCCAACGAAACGCAGUUACACGUCCUUGGCCAAUAAUUUCCAUCAAAAAUUACCCGUAACCUAUACUGAAAUAGCGAAGUUUAGGAAACGAUUGGAACAAGUCCAUGCAAAGCUUGCACAAAUAUGUAGCUUAAUUCAAGUAUUCAUAUCGAUACGUGCACAAACCUCAAGACGAAGUACUCCUGCGGCCCGUCGUCGUUCCAGACGAUUAGUAAAUACGGUACAGAACUCGACCGUUGAUUCAUCGGUUGUGAUAACACUAGAUGACGAUGGCCCGUUCAAUGCACCAGUACCAACGUCGACAACGAGCGGACAGGACAUUCCUGUUAUUGAUGUGGAUGCGCUUCCAAAUGUGAUAACAUUAGAUUCUGAAGACGAAACCCCACCCCUAGAGUCGUUACGUGACGAGGCCGACAACUCUUUUGAGUCAGAAAACUAUGAAAUGAGGAUAAAAAUCAAGUGGGUAAAUCGCAUUGAGAUGUUCACUCUUCGCAAGCAUCAGAAAUUUGGCGAUUUAAUCGAAAAACUAGCUACGAAAGAAAAAGCGGAUACUAAAUCCAUUUUGCUGAACUUGAAUGACCGCAUCAUAUACGCCGACGAUACACCAGACUCUAUCGGCUACAAGACAUUCCAAUUUAUUUCUGGACGCGUUCUACGUGAUAAUGCUCCCAUAAUGACGAAGACAGCAGCGUCUUCCAACGUGAACAGUAUUUCACUGAAGGUGCAACUCGCCAACCGGAAAGCGCCGCUUCGUCUGCAAAUGGAUAAAAAUCAAACCAUGAUCGUGCUGGUAAUCAAAUGUGCCGAAGAAUUGAAAUGUAAGCCCGAGGAUAUAAAGCUUUAUUUUGACGGCGAUCUGGUGGAUAACGGCAGCAAACCCGAAGAUCUAGAGCUGGAAGGAGAUGAACUUCUAGAUAUACGUUUGGUGCGCUAAAGGCGGGGUUUUUGUUUUAUUAUAUAAGGUUUGUUUACUAAACUAUAAUACUAUUA